GUCGGCUAUGCGCCACACACAACAGCCGCAGUAUCGACAAACGUUCACAAAACGUUUAGACGUAAUAACCAUAGUGUCACUUCACUUCUUAUUUUAGUAAUUAGACCAUUCAAAAUUUCUAUUUCCUUCGUUUUAGUUGUUUAAGUGUUAAGUGUUUUAAAUGAUGUUUUAAUAAUGCUAAGUGCCGCAACCGUAUACGCAUUCUGAAGCAAUUACGUAAUGGGAAUUAUGCUAGAGAAGUUUAAAGUUUUGCCCUGAAAUUCAACAUGGCCGCUGACACAGGAAUGGAUACUUGCCCCAGUCCGGAGAUCACGGACUCCAGGAAACGGCCUCUCGAUGGAGACUCGGAGAAUGGCGACGUGAAGCGCUCACACUUCAGCUCGGUGCAAGACUUGGUGACGGCCUUGCCACUGGCCAACGGCCAUGGCAAUAUUACGUCUCAUUUCGCCGUGGAGCCGACAUACCACUUCAAGGUUCUGGUGCCGUCCAUGGUGGCCGGAGCCAUCAUCGGCAAGGGCGGGGAGACCAUCGCCCAGCUGCAGAAGGACACUGGUGCCAGAGUCAAGAUGUCCAAGUCACAUGACUUCUAUCCUGGCACGACGGAGCGCGCUUGCCUGAUCACGGGGUCGGUGGACGGCAUCAUGGUAGUGCUGGACUUCAUCAUGGAUAAGAUCAAGGAGAAGCCAGAGCUCGUCAAGCCCUUUCCCGAGGGCGUCGACACCAAGAUGCCGCAAGAUAGGGACAAGCAGGUCAAGAUCCUGGUACCAAACUCGACAGCGGGCAUGAUCAUCGGCAAGGGUGGCAACUACAUCAAGCAGAUCAAGGAGCAGAGCGGCAGCUACGUGCAGAUCUCGCAGAAGGCGAAGGAGCUGUCCCUGCAGGAGCGCUGCAUCACUGUAGUAGGCGAGAAGGAGAACAACAAAAAGGCAUGUCUGAUGAUCCUGCAGAAGGUUGUCGACGACCCCCAGUCGGGGUCGUGUCCCAACGUGUCGUAUGCCGACGUGGCGGGCCCGGUCGCCAACUACAACCCGACGGGCUCGCCGUACGCCGUGCCCACAACCGAGGUGACCACCGAGAACCACGGGCUGGGCAGCGGCGUGGGCGGCGUGCUGGUGAACGGCGGCGCCGUGGGCGCGGUGGGCGCCGUGGGCGCGCUGUCGCUGUCUCUGUCGCUCGCGCCGCCCGGCAGCCAGCCGCCGGCGCCGCUCACGCAGCACACGCUGGACCACAUCAAGGUGGCCCUGCGUCAGUCGGGCUACAGCGAGGCGGGCGUGUCGGAGAUCUCUGCGGCGCUGGCGCUGCUGGUGAAGCACGGCGUGCUGGGGCUGGCGCUGCCGGCCGCGCUGCCCGCCGCGCCGCUGUCGGCCGCAUACUUCCCGCUGCAGCCGCAGGACUCGCCCGCCGUCUUCGGGCCCAUCGGACAAGUGGGGCUAGGGCGCGCGGGCGGCGCGUUAGAGCGUUUCGCGGAGGUUGCAUUGGACGCGCUCCGUCCCGCAGCCGUGGCGCCCAUCUCGCUGUCGGGCGGCGUGGGCGGCGUGGCGUCGUUCCCGUCGGCCGCCGGCCUGCUGCCGCUCAGCAAGAGCCCCACGCCCGCCGACGCCGGCGCCAAGGACUCCAAGAACGUCGAGAUCGCGGAGGUCAUCGUCGGCGCUAUACUCGGUCCCGGCGGGCGCAGCCUGGUGGAGAUCCAGCAGAUGUCGGGCGCCAACAUCCAGAUCAGCAAGAAGGGCACGUUCGCGCCCGGCACCCGCAACCGCAUCGUCACCAUCUCCGGUUCGCCCACAGCUAUAUCCUCCGCGCAGUACCUCAUCGAGCAGAAGAUCCAGGAAGAGGAACUCAAACGGACCCGCCACAACGCCAUCUCCAGCCUCAUGCAGUAACAGAGGUUACCACACUGCUUAUAUAUACGGCGCAACGGGCCUAGAUAGAAUGUUACAAUUUGUGUCUUCGGCCAAAAUGAAGUUUUGCGUGGUUAAGUUCAGUUGCGGAGUUUAAGGUUUGUCACAUCCAGAUUUAGAUUUUGGAGCUUUUGGGAUGAUGUCUGGCGAUUGAUUUGAUUAAUAAUGAAAGGCACGUAAGGGCGUUGACAAACUAAUCGACAUAAAGGUACGUGACCAGCGUCUCCAAUUGAUUAGUUCGACAACGUCCUAAGGUUAGGUAUUUUAUUUUGGUCGAAGGAUAGACCUGUCAGCGUGGAGUCGACCGGUCAGCGCUGGGCUGGCGUAGCGGGGUGGGCAGGCCCGCCGGUCACUCCCAGCUCGGGGUAGUGUAGUUCUAGUCAACGGUCCGCCGUGGGCCCGCCAGACAGAGCGCCAGUUACCUGAGUGUAGUUAAGAGUUUAUGUUGUUUUGUUUUACGAGAAUAUAAGUUAUAGUGCGUUGCGCGCGCUCCCGGCCCGUGGCGCGUGGCGCGUGGUACGCAGCCCAUGGUACGUGGCGCAUGGUACGCAGCCCGUGGCACGCGACGCGUGGCUCGCAGCGCCCGCGACGCACACACCUAUUUACAAUACAUAGAUUUAUGUAUAUUGAUUUUAUGCAUGUACUAUAGUGUUGAACAUAUUGGUAUAUUUUAUGUUUAUCGUGAUGACAAGUUAUUUUGUCCCGCCUAGCGGGCUUGUUAAGAUAUAAAAAAGUACGAUUGUGAUAUCUCCUAUCACGGAAAUUCCUAUUCCAUAAUACACAUUUUUAUUUUUGUAUAUUAUUCACCACGCAUACAAUUUUAUUUACAAAGUUGAUUUCAUUGUAAAUGUUACCAUUGAUAAGUUAUUUUAGUUUAUGUGACAUCGUUUAGUGUUAGAAUUGAAAUUUUGAAUUUAUACAUGUAUAUGUGUUGAAUAUUGACAAGAUAGCGAUGGUACUAGGGCCAAAUGAUAUCCGCACCAAAGUUGAUAAUUAUUAUAACUACGUUACAUGGACAAGUACACCGCUGUUGUCUCGGCCGCGAGCGCCCCGGCUCGUGAUGCUGCUCGCGGAGUUCGGCAUUCCUGAUCGAUUUCUCUCAGUGAAGAUCUUUAUUUUUUAUACAUUUAUAAUAUUACUUUGUGUUAGGAAUGUUCAUAGUUGUCGAUUUGUUUGUCGGGCUAAAUCACCUUACCUUUACAAUAAGUACAAGUAAUAUAAAAAGUUCAUGUCCAGAUUAGUAGAAAAUAAUAUAUUUUAAAGGUUUUAAAAAGCAGAUUCUAUAUAUAAUUCAAGAGGACAAUAUAAUAAAUUUUAUUUACAGUUGGAUAUAAUUGAAUUUAUUUUAGACGCGUCACCGUAGGGCCCGCGCCUCGCGCCUGCCUCCAGGCGGCGUCCGUGACGCGCGGACGCGUCGUGGUACUGGUCGCCGGUCGUGGUCGCCAGUGGUCGGCCGUGGUCGCAGCCGCCUGCGACUGUCGCGGCGUAGUUUAAGUUUGGAUUACCUAGAAGUGCCAUGAUACGCACUGUAGUACUGUCGUGCAAUAUAUCGAGUGUAACGACCCCGCGCGAGAAGGAGGGGAAAGAAGUACAAAUGAAAUCGUAAACAUAAUAAAUAUAUAAUUUGAAAUCGGCUUAACGUACGGUAGUUUGUAAGAAAAGGAAUUGAGAGACAAUUCUCAGCUAAAUCUUGAUUAAAAAUAAUAAUUAUAAUAAAUAAUUUAAAGCACUAAGUCGCCGCAACAUCGUACUUCCGUGAAAUUGUGAAAACGUUAAUUAUAAAUACGUGUAAGUAUCCCGCAGUCCAACGACAUCUCGAACUAAGUUGAGUACUGUUGCUGUAGCGCCUAGAAGCGCGCCGUAGAUGCAUUCAAGUAGAUAGUUAUUGUACUUAUAUUCAAUCUUUAGGUAUCGCUGUUCGACCUUUCUGGUAUUUUUCGACUUUCUCAUCUUACUAUACUAAUAUGUAUUCGAGGGUAGGUACAGAUAUCGUCUUGUGUCAAUUAAAGGUUGAGGUUUGACAUACUCGCGACGGCGCGGCGCCCGAUCCGACGGACUAUCGGCUGGGUCGCCUGUUUGGGACAAGGUUGCCGGUCCCGGUUGUUAGACAAGGUUGCCGGUCCCGGUUGUUAGACAAGGUUGCCGGUCGUUAGACAAGAUUGCCGGUCGUUAGACAAGGUUGCCGGUCGUUAGACAAGGUUGCCGGUUGUUAGACAAGGUUGCCGGUUGUCCGACAAGGUAGCAGGUUGAUGGUUCACGCGCCGCGUCGCGUCAUCCCAGGGCGUGACGGUCUCCCGAGUUGCCUGUACGUCGAUUUUACAAGCUCAAUUUUAUCGAAACUAAUUCUCGAUUAGUCGGUACGUGUAAGUGAAUCGUCAAUUAUUCUAAAUCGUUUGGUAUCUGUCAAUGCGUUCAGUUGGCGAGCUUCGGUAGACGUCCCGGUCCCGCCCGCAGCCGCGCUCUAUACUUCGCUCUCAGCCUCCGUAGUCGCUGCAACUCUAGUUAUAAUUAUCGUAUUAAAACCGUCAUUAUGGGUAUAUAUAGAUAAUUUUAAAAAAUAACUGGAAAAAAAUGUUAAUGUUGUUAUACUGAAGUUGUUACAAUAUUUGAGAGUAUAUUAUCGUGGAUACAAAAUAAUAAUUUAGUGCGGUAACAUUACCAGAUUAAAGUUUAUCGUGUGGAAAGAUAAUAAUAGCAGCGUCCCGACACGAUGUACCUCAGGCGAGCGCAGAGCGAGAUACAGUUACUGUGAUACCGGCACCCGCACCGCACUGCACGCCCCGCCGCGCACGGGGGCGCGCAGGCCUCACCCGCACCGCACGCGAUACUCUGCGUUACGAUAAGGUUUCAAUGUUGUAGGCUAAGGUAGCUAGUUGUCAUUCUUCAUUCUACAGAUUACGGCGAGGCGGUGUCGCCGGCGCCGCCUCAUAAUUUUAAUAGCUAAAUGUUGUUGAAUUUGUUGAUAGAGUGGUUUAUUGUAAUUACCGUAGGUAGUUUAGUGGGUAUACACGAGGUGGCAGCCGUCGGGUGCGCUAGGCUAGGGUAAGGUUCGAUACUGUGUAUAGGAACAUGGCUGUGCGUUCAAGUCGAACUCAACAUUAAGACAUCAUACGCUUGUUGUGGAGGGGCGCGGAUCGCACGCGGCGCCGCCGCUGCCGGCCGCCGGGCUACGCCCUGGGCGCUCCGCCCUCGGAGCUCCGCGCGCGGCCGGCGGCGCGCUCACGUCACUAUCUGUAUAUAAUUGCAUACAUUGUUUCAUUUACGUUCUCGUUGCUCAUUGUCAUCAAUUUAUUAAAGACUGAGGAAUCAACUUGCGCAUAUUGACAUCGUCACGAAGCGUCCCCAACGGUAGGGAAUAUUGUAAUAUAAUAUAAUUGUUUGUCAUUAAAAUUGUCGCUCGGUGGACGUGGACCGGUCCGCGAGAGUCGUGUGCGAUCCCCGCGGUACACUCGCGGUUAACCUCAUUUGUAUCGAAUACUGUUGCGUCCGUGUAGGACGGUUCUCGCUAGGUUGCCUGUCCCGUUGAUUUCCGAGUCCUGCGAGUGUACAGUGUGACAGCGAGCCGGCCGGGCCGGGCCGGGCUGGCCGGGCAGCGUGGCCGGAGGGGCCGGGCCGGUGUGGCCGGAGGGGCCCGGCCGGCCGGCGGAGACGCGCACCGUGGUCGCAAGCGUUCAGUCGUUGUCUCAUCGCCUUUACACAUGUUGAGAUUGAUAUGUUAUACUAAUUCUAUUGAAUUAUAACUUGUUGCGUAUUAUAAGUAUGAUAGAGAGCGCCGCUCGGCACGUUGUAAUACGUUGAAACAUUUGUUGCUGUGCAGUUCAGCGACGGGAUUUUUAUUUUUUACUAAUAAUAUUUUUGUUAACUUGGUUUACGAUACACGGGUCUGCAAUGUUAUCUACGAGAAAUAAUCUUUAAUUAAGUUUGAAUUGAAAAUGUUGAAUAAUUUUUGAAUUAAAAAUUCGGUAUAUUUUAGUCAAAUGUUAAUUGUUUAGUUGUAUUGUCAAUAUUGAUUUUCUAAUGAAGUGUUAUUUUGCAAUAUUGUAAUAGAUAAGAGGUAAAAUGGAAGGUUACAAUGUCUUAGUGUUUAAAAGCUCGAAAACCAAUUAAAAGGUACCUUGAACAUUGUCUAUAUUAUAUUAACAUUAAAUAAACGCGAAAAAGAA